CAAAAGUAAUUAAUCAUGGAGUAAUUACUGGACAGGAUAUUGGAAGUUUACAAUUACUAAGGAAUUAUUCUUCUGAAAGAUAUCUAUCCAAUAUCUUAAUGCUUGGAGCCGUCGAUAAAUUGCAUAAAUUAUUUGGAACAAAGUUGGCACCAAUAGUUCUUGCCAGAUCGCUGGGAUUACAAGUCGUUAAUGGCAUUGAACCUCUUAAGUCGGAAAUCAUGAAGUUUGCUAUGGGAAUUGAGUAA